AUGACCGUUCAACCAGCCACCAACCCAAGCUCAGCUCCCACGCGCACGGCCUAUACCCACCCCCCCCCCCCCCCCCCCCCUCCUGACUCCCUACCCCAGCCAGUCAAAGGAAAAAGGCCUCUGGUCAAAGCUCCGGCCAAGACCAAGCCUAAGGAGAAGAAGACCCCGGCCCCUGCCCCUGCUGCACCACGCCCGGUACAGAAGGCCAAGCCGCCCACAGUGAAGAAGGCUCCACCAGUCGCCCCCAUGGAGAUCCAGGAGAGCCUUCCCACCACCCCUCCACCCCCUUCAGCUGCACUGGAACUCGCUCCCCUCGAAUCCAGAGGGGAGGAGCCCUUUCGCACGCCGGAAGGGACAGGACAUGGUAGAAAGAAGAGAAAGAGGAAAAGUAUCUUCUCCCCCGACUCUCCCCCUCUUCCAUCACCACCAAGCAGAAACACGGAGACCCAGACCGCCACACCACCAGGCCCGUCUCUCAACUCUAGCCAAGUCCAGACUGACCCAGUCCCGGACCGAGUUCCAAUGGAAAAACCGGAGGACCAGCGGUUACUUCUCUCCCGGGAAGCGACCAGUCUACUGGAAGCCCACAAGAGCCUACCACCACCGGCCUGCGGAACUCGCACAAACUGGAUUAAGCCAAGCAGUCGCCCCUUACCAUCCCUGGUCAUGGUUCAGACCAUAGAGGGCGAACGGUUUGAGCAUGACAUCCACAACUUCACCGACAUGAAGGAGUUUCUGGAGCAGAGCGAACUCGCCUGCCCAGACCACUUCAUCGCCGCCAUGGCAGCUCGCCUCAUCAAGGGAUCCUUCCAAGACAUCUCCAAUGAAGAAAGCAAGCUCGCCAACCUCCUCCUCGCUGGCGUUUCCCAGUAA